AUGACAACUACCAGGCCUUCACUACCAACUGAAACCCGAAAGAUGACUGCUGAACACCGAUUAAACAGAAAAAUAACUGACGAUGUGCAGCAGCACACUGCCGCUAACUAUUAUUUAACUCUUUUUUUACGCCGAAUAAAAACUUUACUUCUUGCUGAAAUUGCCGGGCUUACAUCAGCCAAUUAUGACCCUGAGGUCGGAAGCCUUUACCAAGCCCAUGGACUGAAAGAAAAUCACAAAACUUACCGCUUCUUUUUAAAUUUGUAUGAAUAUGAAAAAAGAACGGCUUGGCUCAAUGGUAAAAGCAAAUUUGACCAACUAACUGGUCACCAUUUAAAUAAUCAACAAACUAUCUUUCGCCAUUACGAUUAUGAAAACCAAAGCACCACUUACUUCUACAAAACUAAUGAACGCUUAGUCGGCCAAUGUGCCAAGCCCGUUCUCAUCAAAAAAAACUAUCGCUUAGGCACUCGUUCUUUAAACCCUUUAUCCCUACUAUCUUUAGCCACUAAACACCAUAAAAAAGAACUCUAUCUUUUUAAAAAACCGAAACAGCAACUCAAGCAAGACUUCCAAGAAUUCCUCAUCACCCGCUUACUCUUGCUCUGUAAAUCCGCGGAAUUUGUUCACCUACCCUUGGAACAGGAUAAAGUCCCCAAAGAGAACCAACAGUGUAGCAGCACCAUUUACACCCACUUCGCCACCAAACCCGUGCUCCACUUCCAAUUCUUACCGGAAAAUGCUGCAGUAGUCCGAGCCUUUAUCGCAAAGUUAGAUACUUAUGCUCUUGAAUUUGACAUGGAAGAAUCUAGCAACUUCUACUCUUAUCCAAUUGUUCAUGACACUAAACAUGAAACUAUUAAGCAGAUAAGCGGUUUAUGUGGUUGUGAACCACGAGCCCGCAACCAAUACCUCGACAACUGA